AUGGACGUGUGUUUUCCAGGCUUCUCUGCCAUCACGGGUCCAGGCACAGUGAAACGCUGGGAGCGGGACUCGCUGACCGUGUGGUGUCGCUAUGGCCCAGGCUACGAGACCUACAAGAAGUGGUGGUGUCGAGGGGCUGACUGGGGCAGCUGCAAGAUACUUGUUCGAACCACCGGCUCGGAGCAGGAGGUGAAGAAGGGCCGCGUGUCCAUCAGGGACCAUCACAAAUACCGCACGAUCACCGUGACCAUGGAGGCGCUCACGCUGGGCGAUGCGGACACUUACUGGUGUGGGGUUGAGAGAGAAGGACAUGACCUUCGGGCACAAUUUAAAGUGACCGUUGACCCAGCGCCAGACACCCCUAAAGAGGACAAAGUCUCCCCGACUGUAACCGAGAGCAGGGACUUUGUCACGGAGAUCCUCCCCGUGGUGGCGGCCGUGCUGCUGCUGGUCCUGACGGCGGCCUCGCUCCUGGCCUGGAGGCUGGUGAGGCGGCAGAGGAAAGCUUCCGGGAUUUCCCCAGAGCAGGUGAGAGCUCCAGAGAGCGAACUCUGCUAUGCCAGCCUGGCCCUGCAUCAGUCGGGCACUGCCAGGAAGGAGGCCUCCGCCCAGGUGGAGGUGCAGGUGGAGUACAUCAUUGGUCCUUCUCAGCAGGACAUUACGUACGCAGCCCUGUCUCUGGGUCCCCUGAGUCAGGAGCCCACCUACGGCAACACGGAGCAGCUUGUCACCCACAUCCCCCACAGCAGCCAGGAGGAGCCCGUGGAAUACAGCACCGUCAGGAGGCACUGA